AUGGAUAUUAUGAACGACAAUUUGCAAGAAGGACAAUUUGGAGAUUGGAUCAAAGCACCAGUGACUUUUACUUCUUCUCAGAACAGUCAAACCACAUGGGCUGGCACAAAUGGAGAGAAUAUUGAGUCCAUAAUCCACAAUUCAGAUGGUUCAGUAGCUAGAUCAACUGAGGAUGGAGAGAAAGGGGAGGAUAACAGAGAAUCAGUUGAUGUAAGGGAGAAUGCAAGUGGAAUAGAUAAGCAGAUACCAAAAUCAAAGAAGAUGGUGAGGGAGCAUAGUAAGGAGAAAAAUACAGGGGACAUGGAGAUUGAAGUAGUGGGAGAAAGACAUAGUCAGAGGAUUAUAUAG